GGUUCGCGUCAUUUCGCAUGCGAACGCGCGCGAUAAUUCGCGGGUAUUUAAGCGCUGCUACAGCGUUCGAACUUCAUUCGUUCUUCCGAAAGCCUACGGACAGGAGCCAUCAGAAAACUACUGCAGCCAUGAAUCCGAUUCCAAUCUUCACCGUGUUCCUGGUGCUUGGCGCCGCAGCCAUCAUCGACGUUUCGGGUCUUCCCAAUUAUGUUAAUCCCUCCGCAAUGAGCUCCGAGGAUUGCGCUCGAAGCGAGGUUUAUUCGACCUGCCAAGGUAACCCAAUGUGCCAACCGACUUGCGACAACCAGAACGGCCUCAUCGCUUGCAGUCGGAGCGGCGGCCUCGAAGGGAAUAUGUGUUAUCCUGGCUGCGUCUGCAAAAAAGGUUUCGUCCGCGUUGCAGUAGGCGAUCAGUGCAUCCCGAUAGACAAGUGCCAAGGCAGAGUGAAACACUAGUCCGUUUUCCAUUUUGUCGACGACUCAUUAUUCAUGCAUCCGGAGUUUUUACUUCCGACGCGAUUGAUCCUCUAAUUGUCACAAUAUUCUCUUGUAAAACUUGAAGUUAAUUAUUAAACUAUGCGAUAUUCACUCU